AUGUUCCUGCUGAAAGAUCUGCCUCCAAACACAGAGUACCAGUUCCAGUAUGCUGCUUGUUGCAAGGUAGGUCAUAGUAAAUCCAAUGAGCUGAGCCCGCCCAUAAAGACCCUUCCCACCAGCCCUCCUGAGGAAUUAAGAAUGGUCACUGCAGCAUCUUCUGUCAUCUCUGUGGCCUGGAUGAGUCCCAGCAUCGUUGCCUCAGGAGUUGUGGUCAAGGAGUACAAGGUGGAGUACAGAAUAGUGGAGGCUGGAUCUGGGAAGGACCAGUGGAGGGAAGAAAGGACCUGGAGAAAAACAGAGUUUUAUCUCCUUGAGGGUCUGAAGCCCCAGACCCUCACAGAUGUGAGAAUAUGGGUGUCAGCCAUGUGUGAUAAUGGAGCUCUGAGUGGCCCCAGUGAGGAGGUGGAGGUCUCCACAUCAUUGGAGGAAGAAAGUGCAGACAACAUAGCCCAACAGUUCAUUCAGAUAAACUCCCUAGUGGAGGAGAGACAGCCAUUAGUGUUUACCCUUCCUCUGGAGAAAGUCUCCUCAGAUACUUCCCCAUCCUUUCUCUUGUACCAGCUUGGACAGGAGAACCUGGAAGUGCCCAACAAAGUGAUCCUGGUGAUGGGAGAAACAGGGUGUGGGAAAAUCACGCUGAUCAACGGGAUGAUCAAUUAUAUCCUGGGUGUCCAGUGGAAAGAUUAUUUCAGAUUCAAAAUGAUUCAUGAAACCAUUCAGAGAAGCGAAGCUGCAAGCAGGACGUCUGAAGUCACAGCCUAUGUGGUGAACCACCAGAAGGGCUUCCAAAUUCCCUAUUCUCUCACAAUCAUUGACACUCCAGGAUUUGGAGGUGCAAGAGACUCAGAGCAAGACAACCUGGUUGAGAAGCAGCUCCUGGAGUUUUUCUCCACCCCAGGGGGCAUUGACCAUAUUGAUGUCAUCUGCUUGUUGGCCCAGGCCUUCCUUGCCCAUUCAACUCAUGCCCAGAAAUGCAUCUUUCAUUCCAUGCUCUCCAUGAUGGGAAAAGACGAUAACAUCCAACUCCUGAUCACCUUUGUGGAUGGGUGGACUCCACCUGUCCUGGAGACGCUCAACAAGGCUGAUCUUCCCUGUGCACAGAAUGAGUCAGGAAUCCCUCAACACUUCAGAUUCAACUAUUUAGCCCUCUUCGCUCCCCGAGAAUAUGGAGGAAGACACAAUGCUAUUUCUGAAAUGUUCUGGAAAAUGAGCACCGAGACCAUGAAGGAUUUCUUUGACUCAUUAAAGAUGAUGGAAAUGAAUAGUUUAACUUUGACCAUGGAGGUCUUCAAGGAGAUUCAUCUUCAAAGAGAGCGACGUGCAGAAGGCGAAGAACCGUACCAUCAGGUAGAGGGUAAGAUUUGUGAUUUUGACCACUUAAAAGCCUUCCUGGGCCACUCCCUUCAGCCAGAAGAGGUUUUUGAAGAAGAUUCAGUGGCUAAUGUGGAGACAGCACUUAAAAUGUUGGCCAAGUGGGCAAUGAGAGGAAUGAAUAAUUGA